AUGGAAAUUUUCAACCUGCCCGAGAACCUCGGGCAGAUGCAAGGGCUGCGCGUUGUAACCAUAAACAAUGCGCCGAAGCUAUCAACGCUGCCCGCCUCCCUCACCAUCCUCACCUCUCUGGAGCACCUCAUGGUCUCCGACUGUGAGAGCUUUUCCUCUCUACCAGAAGACGGAUUCGGCAAUCUCGCCUCUCUCAUCACUCUCACGCUAAAAAACCUGCCUCGGCUGCUCAAGCUGCCCAUGGCCGUCUCUCGCCUGGCUUCGCUGCAUGUGCUGAACGUGCAGAAGUGCGACAGGUUGAGCGAGCUACCCGAGGGGUUGGAGAGCGCGAGGAGCUUGCGGGAGGUGCAUUUGGAGAGGUGCAGCAAUUUGAAGGACUUGCCCGAGGCACUGCUGGCGCGCGCAGGGAGGAUUCAGGUUUAG